AUGUAUUCCGAGGAUCUGAUGAUGAGGUUCGGAUUAUACGAGUGGUCCCAGGUUGAGCAAGGGUUCGGCUCCGAGUGGGCACACCUGCUCCCCUACUCCGUUCUAGGGCCACUGCUCUUCGACAGUGGUGAACACUACCGCGAGCCAAGGUGCUACGUCAAGAUUUGGAUCCACGACGUUGUCACAAGAGAGGGCUCAGGGUUCGGCCUUGCACCACACGACUUUGCCUCUAUCCCGGAACAAUCAUGGACCCUGAGCGACCUGGCCUUUCUGGCCGUUGAGGUGGGAUUGAACGAGAAGGACAACCAGGGACUCUCACUGAUGCACGCCGCAAUCCUAGAUCGAAGGCCGGAUAUCGUUCGACAACUCAUCGCGCGGGGUGCGAAGCUGUCUCAUCGGAUCCGAGGGAAGCGGUUUUCUCUGUUCCACUUUGCAGCAGCGGUCGGGUGUCCAGACUGUUACCUAGAGUUGCGCUUCCACCCGGAUCUAGCACCGGCGGAGGAGAUCCGGGACCGAGACGGCAGGCUGCCACUGCACGUCGCCGCUCUGCACGGACAUACCCGGGUAGUCGAAGCCAUCCUGUCAGCGAACUGCAACGAUGCAGAUUACGUCAAUAGUGAGACAUCAGAUUCGGGUCAGACUGCGUUGUCUCUAGCCACUACCUAUCCGAAUAAUGGCGACGCCGCCGAAUUUCUGGCGCGGUACCCCGGUGUCAACUUUGUCGUAGAUCGCGACAUGGACCAAACGGUGCUGCAUGUGGCGGCAUCUCACAGGAAAUACUCCCUCUUCCAGUCUCUACUCUCCAUCGUGCCUGGAGGGCUGAUCAAUACGAAAAACGAGAACGGCGAGACGCCGCUGCACAUACUUGCUCGCCACGGUGAUCGGGAGACACUAGAGGCGUGUCUGAGGGUUCCAGAGGUUGACCCGGACAUGAUGGCAGGUGACGGGUCUACGCCCCUCGCCAACGCCGUGAUGGAGGCGAGAGUUGGUGCGGUGAAGAUACUGGCCGUUCGUGAGGACGUCGACAUCGCAGCAUUACGACGACCAUUGGAGCCGCUUGGAGGGUCGGCUCUUGAUUAUGCAAAGCAAGAGGCGGAAAGCAACAUCAUGCAUAAAGAGUAUGUCAAUGUUUUGGAGUUCUUGAGAGAUAAGUUUGAGGAACUUGCGGAGGAUAUCGAUGGUUGCGGGUUGACUGAGGAGUCAGAUGAAGAGCUGUGA